GCGAGAGGACUGGAGCGGCGCGGGGAGGGCGCGCAGCUUGGUUGCUCCGUAGUACGGCGGCUCGCAAGGGAGCAUCCCGAGCGGGCUCCGGGACGGCCGGGAGCAGGCGGGCGGGCGGGGAUGGUGUGCGCGGCUGCGGACCCUGCGUUCCUCCGCGCGGCGUGCGGGCUGCACUGAUUUGUGCGAGGGGCGGCCGCGCGCACCCGCCCGGAGAUGAGGCGUCAAUCAGCAGGGUAAACGUGACAGAACCAUGGCUCAGUUUCCAACACCUUUUGGUGGUAGCCUGGACAUCUGGGCCAUAACUGUGGAGGAAAGAGCCAAGCAUGAUCAGCAGUUCCAUAGUCUGAAGCCGAUAUCCGGAUUCAUCACUGGUGAUCAAGCAAGGAACUUUUUUUUCCAAUCUGGGUUACCUCAGCCUGUCUUAGCGCAGAUAUGGGCACUCGCUGACAUGAAUAACGACGGAAGAAUGGAUCAAGUGGAGUUUUCCAUAGCCAUGAAGCUUAUCAAACUGAAGCUCCAAGGAUAUCAGCUCCCCUCUGCGCUUCCCCCUGUCAUGAAGCAGCAGCCAGUCGCUAUUUCUAGUGCACCAGCAUUUGGUAUGGGAGGAAUUGGUAGCAUGCCGCCACUUACAGCUGUUGCUCCGGUGCCAAUGGGCUCCAUCCCCGUUGUUGGAAUGUCUCCACCCUUAGUGUCUGCUGUUCCUCCAGCAGCAGUGCCUCCCCUGGCCAACGGGACACCUCCCGUCAUCCAGCCUCUGCCUGCAUUCGCUCAUCCUGCAGCCACAUUGCCAAAGAGUUCUUCCUUCAGCAGAUCUGGUCCAGGGUCUCAGUUAAACACUAAAUUACAGAAGGCACAAUCAUUCGAUGUAGCCAGUGCCCCUCCAGCAGCAGAAUGGGCCGUGCCUCAGUCGUCAAGACUGAAAUACAGGCAGUUAUUCAACAGCCACGACAAAACUAUGAGCGGACACCUAACAGGUCCCCAGGCAAGAACUAUUCUUAUGCAAUCAAGUUUACCCCAGGCUCAGCUGGCUUCAAUAUGGAAUCUUUCCGACAUUGAUCAAGACGGAAAACUCACAGCAGAAGAAUUUAUCCUGGCUAUGCACCUAAUUGAUGUUGCCAUGUCUGGCCAACCCCUGCCACUUGUCCUGCCUCCAGAAUACAUUCCUCCUUCCUUUAGAAGGGUUCGCUCCGGCAGUGGGAUGUCCGUCAUAAGCUCUUCUUCUGUGGAUCAGAGGUUGCCCGAGGAGCCGACUUCAGAGGAUGAGCAGCAGUUAGAGAAGAAGCUACCUGUAACAUUUGAGGAUAAGAAGCGGGAGAAUUUUGAACGCGGCAGUCUGGAGCUGGAGAAGCGCAGGCAAGCCCUCCUGGAGCAGCAGCGCAAAGAGCAGGAGCGUUUGGCUCAGCUGGAGCGCGCUGAGCAAGAGAGGAAAGAGCGGGAGCGCCAGGAACAGGAGCGCAAAAGGCAGCUGGAGCUGGAGAAGCAGCUGGAGAAGCAGCGGGAGCUGGAGCGGCAGAGAGAGGAGGAAAGAAGGAAAGAAAUUGAGAGGCGAGAGGCCGCAAAACGGGAACUUGAACGGCAGCGACAACUUGAAUGGGAGCGGAACCGGAGACAAGAACUCCUGAGUCAGAGGAACAAAGAGCAGGAGGGCAUUGUCGUCCUGAAGGCGAGGAGGAAGACUCUGGAGUUCGAGUUAGAAGCUCUGAAUGACAAAAAGCAUCAACUAGAAGGAAAACUUCAGGAUAUCAGAUGUCGACUGACAACUCAAAGGCAGGAAAUCGAGAGCACAAACAAGUCGAGAGAGCUGAGAAUUGCCGAAAUCACCCACUUACAGCAGCAGUUACAGGAAUCUCAGCAAACACUUGGAAGACUUAUUCCAGAAAAACAGAUACUCAAUGACCAAUUAAAGCAAGUUCAGCAGAACAGUUUGCAUAGAGAUUCGCUUCUUACCCUCAAAAGAGCCUUGGAAGCCAAAGAGCUGGCCCGGCAGCAGCUUCGAGAACAGCUGGACGAGGUGGAGAGAGAGACCAGGUCAAAGCUACAGGAGAUCGAUGUCUUCAACAACCAGCUGAAGGAACUAAGAGAAAUACACAGCAAGCAGCAGCUGCAGAAGCAGAAGUCCAUCGAGGCAGAGCGGCUGAGGCAGAAGGAGCAGGAGCGGAAGAGCCUAGAGUUAGAAAAGCAAAAGGAAGAAACUCAAAGACGAGUUCAGGAGAGGGACAGGCAGUGGCUGGAGCACGUGCAGCAGGAGGAACAUCCAAGGCCACGGAAACCCCACGAGGAGGACAAACUGAAAAGGGAAGAGAGUGUCAAAAAGAAGGAGGGCGAAGAGAAAACCAAACCAGAAGUGCAGGACAAGCUGAGUCGGCUUUUCCAUCCGCACCAAGACCCGGCUAAGCCAGCUGUCCAAGCACCCUGGUCUACCACAGAGAAAGGCCCGCUUGCAAUUUCUGCACAGGAGAACGUCAAAGUGGUGUAUUACCGAGCGUUGUACCCCUUUGAAUCCAGAAGUCACGAUGAAAUCACAAUCCAGCCGGGUGAUGUAGUCAUGGUGGAUGAAAGCCAAACUGGAGAGCCAGGGUGGCUUGGAGGAGAACUGAAAGGAAAGACGGGAUGGUUCCCUGCAAACUAUGCAGAGAAGAUUCCAGAAAAUGAGGUUCCCACUCCAGCCAAACCAGUGACUGAUCUGGCAUCUGCCCCUGUCCCCAAACUGGCUCUGCGUGAGACCCCCGCUCCUUUGCCAGUGGCCUCCUCUGAGCCCUCUACAACCCCCAACAACUGGGCAGACUUCAGUUCCACGUGGCCCACCAGCACAAGCGAGAAGCCUGAAACCGAUAACUGGGACGCAUGGGCAGCUCAGCCUUCUCUCACUGUGCCCAGCGCUGGCCAGUUAAGGCAGAGAUCGGCCUUUACACCAGCCACAGCCACUGGCUCGUCCCCAUCUCCCGUCCUGGGCCAGGGUGAAAAAGUGGAAGGGCUGCAAGCGCAAGCCCUGUAUCCUUGGAGAGCCAAAAAAGACAACCACUUAAAUUUUAACAAAAAUGAUGUCAUCACCGUUCUGGAACAGCAAGACAUGUGGUGGUUUGGAGAAGUUCAAGGUCACAAGGGUUGGUUCCCCAAGUCUUACGUGAAACUCAUUUCAGGGCCCGUCAGGAAAGCUUCAAGCAUUGAUACUGGCCCUACAGAAAGUCCUGCUAGCCUAAAGAGAGUGGCUUCCCCAGCAGCCAAGCCCGCUGUUCCUGGAGAAGAAUUUAUUGCCAUGUACACUUACGAGAGUUCUGAGCAAGGAGAUUUAACCUUUCAGCAAGGGGAUGUGAUUUUGGUUACCAAGAAAGAUGGUGACUGGUGGACGGGCACGGUGGGCGACAAGUCCGGAGUCUUCCCUUCUAACUAUGUGAGGCUUAAAGAUUCAGAGGGCUCUGGAACUGCUGGGAAAACAGGGAGUUUAGGAAAAAAACCUGAAAUUGCCCAGGUUAUUGCUUCCUACACUGCUACUGGACCCGAACAGCUCACCCUGGCUCCUGGCCAGCUGAUUUUGAUCCGGAAAAAGAACCCAGGCGGAUGGUGGGAAGGAGAGCUGCAGGCUCGAGGGAAAAAGCGCCAGAUAGGCUGGUUCCCAGCAAAUUAUGUCAAACUUCUAAGCCCUGGAACAAGCAAAAUCACCCCAACCGAGCUACCCAAGUCUGCAGUGCUGCCAGCAGUGUGCCAAGUGAUCGGGAUGUACGAUUACACCGCACAGAACGAUGACGAGCUGGCCUUCAGCAAGGGCCAGAUCAUCAACGUCCUCAACAAGGAGGACCCCGACUGGUGGAAAGGAGAAGUCAGCGGGCAGGUCGGGCUCUUCCCAUCCAAUUAUGUGAAGCUGACCACGGACAUGGACCCGAGCCAGCAAUGGUGCUCAGACUUACACCUCUUAGAUAUGCUGACCCCGACUGAGAGGAAACGACAAGGCUACAUCCAUGAACUCAUUGUCACAGAGGAGAACUAUGUGAAUGACCUGCAGUUGGUCACGGAGGUCUUUCAGAAACCCCUGAUGGAGUCUGAGCUGCUGACAGAAAAAGAGGUUUCUAUGAUUUUUGUUAACUGGAAGGAGCUGAUCAUGUGUAAUAUCAAACUGCUGAAAGCACUGAGAGUCCGUAAGAAGAUGUCCGGAGAGAAGAUGCCAGUGAAGAUGAUCGGUGACAUCCUGAGUGCCCAGCUGCCCCACAUGCAGCCCUACAUCCGGUUCUGCAGCUGCCAGCUCAAUGGGGCUGCCCUCAUCCAGCAGAAGACCGACGAGGCCCCCGACUUCAAGGAGUUCGUCAAAAGACUGGCAAUGGACCCUCGGUGCAAAGGGAUGCCUCUGUCCAGUUUUAUCCUGAAGCCUAUGCAGCGCGUCACGAGAUACCCGCUGAUCAUUAAAAAUAUCCUAGAAAACACCCCUGAAAACCACCCCGACCACAGCCACUUGAAGCACGCCCUGGAGAAGGCAGAAGAGCUGUGUUCCCAGGUGAACGAGGGGGUGAGAGAGAAGGAGAACUCGGACCGACUGGAAUGGAUCCAAGCCCACGUGCAGUGUGAGGGCCUUUCUGAGCAACUGGUGUUCAACUCGGUGACCAACUGCUUGGGGCCACGCAAGUUUCUGCACAGCGGGAAGCUCUACAAGGCCAAGAGCAACAAGGAGCUCUAUGGCUUCCUCUUCAAUGACUUCCUCCUGCUGACCCAAAUCACAAAGCCCUUAGGCUCUUCCGGCACUGACAAAGUCUUCAGCCCCAAAUCUAAUUUGCAGUAUAAAAUGUACAAAACGCCUAUUUUCUUAAACGAGGUCCUAGUAAAAUUGCCCACCGACCCUUCUGGGGACGAGCCAGUCUUCCACAUUUCCCACAUCGACCGAGUCUACACCCUCCGAGCAGAGAGCAUAAAUGAAAGGACUGCCUGGGUGCAGAAAAUCAAAGCUGCCUCUGAGCUCUACAUAGAGACGGAGAAAAAGAAGCGGGAGAAGGCGUACCUGGUCCGUUCCCAGCGGGCGACCGGUAUUGGAAGGCUGAUGGUGAACGUUGUGGAAGGCAUUGAAUUGAAGCCCUGUCGGUCACAUGGAAAGAGCAACCCGUACUGUGAGGUGACCAUGGGCUCUCAGUGCCACAUCACCAAGACGAUCCAGGACACGCUGAACCCCAAGUGGAACUCCAACUGCCAGUUCUUCAUCAGGGACCUGGAGCAGGAAGUUCUCUGCAUCACUGUGUUCGAGAGGGACCAGUUCUCACCUGAUGACUUUCUGGGUCGGACAGAGAUCAGAGUGGCUGACAUCAAGAAAGACCAAGGCUCCAAGGGGCCAGUUACAAAGUGUCUUCUGCUGCAUGAGGUCCCCACGGGAGAGAUUGUGGUCCGCCUUGACUUGCAGUUGUUUGAUGAACCAUAGCAGUCCCCGGAUGAUCAUAGAGGACUUCCUUCUCAAGGCCCCACACGCUGUCUGCUGAUCAGCCACGGGGCAACGGGGACAGCAAAGACAAAAGUCCCUCAAGGCUACUAGGAGUAGUUCUUGACAAUCCUGCCCUUCAAACCAUGUCCCAUUUUAUGAAUCCAAAUUCUCUUUUCCUUUGUCUUCCCUAUAGGUCCCAUCAUGGCUUCUAAAGUCUUGGAAAUCUACAACCUUCAACUAGGUCCCCUUGGGAGCCCAGAUUCUUCCCCGGGCUGGAGGCGUGGGUCUGGUUACUCCAGAGUAGAUUUGUAAAUGCAGGGGCUGUAUUUUGGAGAACUUGUGUGGGCCUCCUAUAUCUCACCUCUAGCAGCCCCUUUGCAGACUCCCUGACCUAUGAAGCCCCGUGUGUGGUGCGUUUAGUCCGGUUAUGAUGGAAUUGUUGCUGCUUUGGAGUCCAACCUCCACUGGGAAACGGGGCCCAGGAUUGAAUGCUCAGUAUAAUGGCUCCUGAGGCAGGCUCCCUGGAAAGCUGCUACUGGAAGAUUCUCGAGUGUGCAUUAGAGCUGUUCAGACCCCGAUUAGUGUCUAUUAGCAAAAACGCACUGGUGCACUAUGGGAUGGUUCAAGAUGUGCUUGGAGAAUGGUUCUGGAAGCUCAUCUAUGAAGUUCUGUCCUGAUGAGUUAGUCCACUCCGGGUCCCUGGGAAGCCUUGAUGACGCGGAAGUUCCUUACCUACGAAGUUCUACCCUGAUUAGCAUGAUCGGCUGUGGGCCACUUGGAAGGCUCGAUGACAUUAUUGAGUCCUGGUUGCCGCUAUACUUGGAACAUUCUCUUUGGCCUUGGAGACCCUGUGAUGUUUGGUGAGAAGUUCUGUCUGGUGAGCCGCCUGAGCUGAUUCUGUGUAUGGGUGUACUGGAUCUGACUGUUGAGUGACUCACCCCAGGAGGUCAUGCCUCACAUGGAUGAAGUUUGAAACAGAAAGGAUUCAAGAUGGAACUGGGAGAUGUUGGGAGAUGCUAAGAAAAUCCAUUACUUGGUGUGGGGAGGGGGAAAGACCCUGGGAAUACGUGGGCCCGGCACAUGAGGUAGGAAGAUGGGAAACUCUCCCCUGAGCUUUCUCGGGCACACACCAGUUUUUUAAUAAUAGAAACACAUGUGCUUUUUGCCAGAGUCAGGGUGUAAAGACCAAGUUUUUAGUCUGAGCACUUCAGGUUUUCUUUUCCUUAAAUGCUAAGAGAUAGGUUGGUUAAGUAGAUAAUGACGUACUUUGCUGAUGGAAAGUGUGGGCGGAGUUUUGUUCCCGUGGUCGCGUUCUCGUGGCCCAGCCUGAGGUCAUGAGUGUUCUUUGCAUGUCUCUGGAUUCUGGCCGCAGGCUCUCCUGGGCUAGGUGGGGGUCUUUUCUGUGGUAGGUCCUCAGGAUUGUUCUAGAAGUCUCUUGUAAGUGAUAGUGUGCCCGUGCCAGAAUAACUGCUCUGCUGAAAACUGAACGCUUCGUGUGACCUCACGCCUACAGGCCCCUGUCCAUGUAUGUGUGUCAUGUGAUUUUUCAAAAAAAUGUAUGUGGGAAAGGACAACAAGGUUUACAUUUCAUACUUCCGAGAAACACUUACUAUUUAUUUAUUGAAGAUAGUGUUGACUUUUGUAUCAAGAACAACAGACAUACCUAUUUUAUUUUUAAACACACCAAUAAAAUCUUCAGUUAGCAGCUGCUAGCCGAACACAAGCUAGAUUUAGUUAGCUUCAGGCAUGUCUUAGCUUACCACUUCCCAGCAGAAAACACUCGAAACGCUUCACGUUCGUGCUUUUUAUGUUAUUAAGAAACUGUUUUAAAUGAAACGUGUAAAUGGAUCCAUAACUCAUGUUUCCCCGUUUCUAUACCCAGGAGGCUUUGCUCGGUGUAGUGAUGAAGGACGUGUUCCCAUAGUGUGAAAAACAAGUGUUCAGUGUGCAAAUGGCCAGGGUUGAGCCACCAUUCUGUUGACCCUCCCUUCUGUCCCUUAGCCCCCUUUCCCUUCGUCGACUUUAUUUUCAGGUUAAUGUUGAACGUCCAUGUUCCCGUAGGAAGGAUGAGGCAUGCACGGUGGCCCCUGUAGGGCCUAGGUUGCCUCCUCACAGAAUCCCAUGGUUGUGGCAUGCAAAUGCAGUCUGUGGGUCUCUUCCCCAGGUGACUCUGCUGGGCAUCCUUGGGGGUGAUCCUGGGGCUUGACAAAUCUGGAUUCAUGUCCUUGCAUCUACUACUGUCAUUUGUCAUGAGUGAGUGUGCUUCUGGAUGAGCUGGACUGGCCCUGAGACCCAGCUAUGACUCCAGAGUCCUGCAGGGGAGUCCUGCUGUGAUCCAAGGGUGACAGAGCCACAGACCCUUGAUCCUCGACUUCUUUGCGUCUCCCUUUUAGAACAGCCAGGCUACAUUUCAUACAAAUGCCAUGUCCUCGCCAACAAGGGAUCUGAACCCCAGCUGUACGCGUGCUGAUGCUAGCCCUUCAAUCACCCCUCCCCCUGAGGCAUUCUCCUGUGAGCCACACUGCCAGGACCUCUCACACUCCACCCUCCCCUCCAUCAGGAAGGGGCUCUCCUCGAAAGUGGCUAUGCUCUGACCCUGAGAACUCUCCUGAGAGCAUUGAGACCAAAGCUCCUAAGCUGGGCUUUCUUCACGAACCACUUGUCCCAAGGGGUCAUUUCUGACCUCUGAGGCAGGACUGAUAUUUUGUCCCCCUAGUAGGUGGUCUCUUGGGACCAGAUUUGCUGUGUCCACCAGAGUUUGGAGACAUAUGUAAUUUGUUCAGGUCUAGGUCUGCCCUGGCUGGAACAAGAGAGAUCUUUCUAGACUGUAGCCACCAGGAAUUCUAGAGAAACUGGGCCAGGAUGCCGUCAUCAGCUGUUUUUAUAAUAUGUUCCUGUCCUUGGACAACAGACAAAAAAACCAUUCUUCCUGAAGAACUCUAAUGGGAAAUGGGCAUUUUUCUUCCUUGUUUUGAGACAGGACCUCACUGCAUAGCCCAAGCCGGCCUUGAACUUAGGAUCCUCCUGCCUUAGCCUCCUAUAUGUUGAAAUUACAAGUGUGUACCACUGUGCUCAGCUGUCUUCAUUUUUAUAAACAAAAGUAUGACUUCGGUACAUAAGGGGACUUGAUUCCCCCUGGGAGAACUGACCGGCUCUGGAAGCAAACAUCCCAAGAGAAAGCAGAUCAGUGGAUCACGAGCCCUGCUUGUUACCUCUCUGUUUGUUUGCUUGUUUUUCAAGACAGGAUUUCUCUGGCUAACCCCGGCUGUCCUGGAACUCAUUCUGUAGACAACGCUAACCUUAAACUCCCAGAGACCCGCCUGCCUCUGCCUCCCGAGUGCUGGAAUUAAAGGCGUGCCCCACCAUGCCCUGAGCUUGUUAUCUUGACUUGGUGCCAACCUGAAUCCUAGAGGUGUGUCCGGGAGGCUUUGGUAAUUUCAGGUUGGUCUUCCUAGGUGAUGCAGCAGCGACCUCCACAGGAGCUGGCUGGGCAGGAGUAGAGUUUAGUGACCUCAGAGCAUCUGGGGUGGCGGUGGGGGUGUUCCAGAAUCUCAUGAGUCUGAAGUCCAGGGCAAAUGGACGGGGUCCCUCUGCCUUUAUUUGAAAGCUGAAGUACCUGAGCUGACUGACACCACAAUGAAGAGACAAAGAGAGUCAGUCUGCACACUAAGGAUUUGUGGUCCAGCCGCUCGUUUUGAGUCCUAGGAGAGGUGGAAAGUGUGUUAGAAUCUUUCACUCUGCCUUUCCUUCUGGGGUUCAGGCCUGCUGUAGACCUGGUGCCCCUGCUUCUGCCUCCUCUCUCCUGGGACUGAAUUCUUGUGUCUUUUCUUUGUUUCCGUCCGUUCUCCCCGAAGACACAUUGUCUGGGGAGACUGUCCUGGUUAGGCUUCUGUUCCGGGACAGACCUCAGGGCAGAAGUUGGUUUGUAUGGGUGGUGGACAUUUCCUUAAGAGAGCUCUGACCUUGCUGGACUAGUAGCGACAGCGAGGCGUCCCGGUGUGGGUUCUGAAGCUGCCAACCUGUGCCCCUACACCUUUUGUGCACUGUUCCCUUUAAGGAGGGCCAGGGCUUGACUUUUUUCAACUACAUUAAUUACCUACCUGCCUAGGGUCCCUACCCGCAGGGGGCCAGGGAUGCAAGGUCAAGGUAACGCUGGAAAGCAGAAGGAAAAAGGGAAGAGGGAAAGAAGGAAGGGAGGAGGGAUAAAGGAAGGAGGGAGGAGGAGGAAGAGAGGGACAGGCAAUCAAGAGAGAUCUUGGAGCGAGCUUCCUCUAGCUCUUCAAGCACCUUGGCCUCUCGGGCUAUGGCGCCAGCUGAGAGCUGCUUGGAGGUUAAUGGCUCACCCACUGCCACGUGCUCCUUUUAGGAGUUAAAGAACCACAUCUUUGGAGAGGAGACACGCCACCCCUGCCACCCCCACAUGCCAGGAAGUCAUAUUUCUGAAGAUGUGAUUUAGCCCUCACAGAGGCUGCUGAUACCUCCGGUGUAGCCGCCUUCUGAGCAGCAAGUUCCCGUGAGCUCUUGGGCACCCACUGUAUUCUAUUUUGAAUGACCCCUAUUUAUGAACGUUGCCCUAUGAUGGGCUAGUCAAGGAAACAAUAAAUACUUCCUGGUAGCUCUGACUUGGAAUAAACCGCUGGCUGGUUGCCAAGGGAUUCAUCUGUCCUGCUCCCGGAUACCUGGAAAGCAGUUGCGAGUUCUGGGCCACUUCCUCCCAAGGCACCACAUGAGGUCCCUGUCUGUAGGUUCCCAGGAUCAACUAUAAUGUAAUAACUUCAUCUCUGUAAGAGCCAGGAAAGGUUCUGUCGGUGAGAAGGAUGGAAAACACCACCCAUGAGAAAGACGGCCGUGAUCUCAGGUUCUCUAACUUGAGAGCAUUAAAACUCAGAUGCCAGCGCACUGCCCAGUCUACAGUCAGGAGCACUAACGCAGUCAGCAAUGCUAAAAAUAUGUUGUUUCUUCAGGGGGUCCCCCUUCCUGUCCAGGGUAUGCCCAGGGGGCUGAGAGUCAGAGAAACCAACUUUUUGGCUUUCAAAUCAACAUGUAAAUCUAAUUUUAAGUCAUUUUAAUAACAUAAAAUUCACGUUCUGUGGCUGGGGAGAGGGCUUGGUCGGUAAAGCGCUUGCCAUGCAACCUGAGGACCUGAAUUUGAUCCUCUGUACCCAUGUAAAAACGCCAGAUGCAGCAAUAUGUACUGGUAAUCCCAGUGCUGGGGAGGCUGGGGAAAGAGGGUCCUUGACUUUGCUCCCUAGGGGUGCUGGCUGGUGAGUUAUAGUGAGAAACCCUGUCUUAAAGGAUAAGGUGCAGAGCUAUGGGGGAAGACAGUGCUGGGACCUGGAGUCCGUGUGCAAGAGCUCCUGAACUAACAUAUGCGCAUACGCACACACGCACACGCAUGCGCGCACACACGCAUAGAAGCUCACCUCCAAAUAACUACUUCAGUUCUACAUAGACCUAACUGGGUCCUUCCUUAAAAGGAGCUAAUAAUAUUUUGGCAUAUAAUUCUUCCAGUACCAUGUGUGGUUGUCAGUUGCAGGGUAACUUGCCCCUUUGCUCUGUCAGGGCUUUUAUAUUUUAAUAGGAUUUUGUUCCGUGUUCUGGGACUGCCUGGAUGCUCAUUUUCAGCAUGGUGGGUAUCUCUAGUGUUCAAGUGCCACCGAGGAGAGCUGCAUUCAGAAGUGGGCUUAUUCUGUCAGCUUUCAAAAUACCCACUGUCCCUCUGGGAUUUCUGGAGAGCUGAUCAGGGACCAAGGCUCCUUUUUGUGCCGUGGUGAUGCUUCUUUCCUUCUAGAACCGUCUUCUACUUACCAUUCGUAAGACUACCGCCCUGUGGUUUUCUGUCUCUCCAGUGAUACUCUUUUGCCGUUCUCGUCUCAAACUCGGAUUUCUAAUUUCCUCCUGUUCUUGGUGAAAACAGAGCGGGGAUCCCAGAAACAUAGGAGCCAACGUCAGUGGGGUGGCUCGCAUGGCAGAAGCUGCCUUUCCAUUUGCAGUUUCUCCAGGGUCCUGCCGCUCCUAGAUGGUUCUAUGGCAGGCCCCGGGGUGCUGGCUCCCCCUGCUGCCACCUUACAGCAUUGCUCCUGUGUGACUCAAGGAAGUCGCUAGAGAGAAGGGCAGAGAAAGGGCUAGAACCUGGUAGGUGAGUGAGCGCUCCCAGUCCAGCGAUGAGUGUUGAAAGUUGGCUUGAACCCAAAGCUUCUGGGCACAGUGAGGUGGUUUUCCUGCCGGCUGGGGCUGGGACUUGCCAGAGGUACCUCCUUGACUUCCUUACCUUUUCAGUGUCUACUUCCGAGGAUUUUCUAUUCAGUUCGCCACAGAAAAGGGCUUGCUGCCUGAAGGAGGCUCUGUCCCCACAGGACUUCUAGAAGUCAGUUGGAUAGCAGAGUGUCUACCCAAAGACUUCAACUUCCGAUAUUUUAAGUGGCAAACGUUGGUGAGAUGUAGUCACUGGUUGCAUGGUGUGUGUCUGUGAGUGGGUGUGUAUGGUUGUGUGCCAGGCAUUGGGGAUGACUGUCUGUCCUGCUGAUGGAGACAGGUAAUGCGUCGAGCACGCUUCAGGACCAGUGUGGGCCAGGUGCAAAAAUAAAAAUUGUGACUUCCCUGUCCUAAAUGAUUGGGGAUUUCAGUAGUGACAGUAGAGAUCUGGGCUGUCUGGGUUCUGCUGAGUGUGGGACAUGCAGUUGUCGAGGUCCAACACCCUGGAUCUGCCUUGACUCCACUGUAAAUGUAGAAGGGCCUCUCUGUGUCUCUUUCCUUUGGAAAGACCUCCCUGGCAGGCUGUGUAGAGCUGGGUAGUAAUGCCAUCUCUCCUCCUCUCGGCUCCCUUCCUUUUUUUUCUUUUAUCUUCUUUGCAGUGCUAAGAUCAAAGCUAGGGCCUCAUGUAAGCUCAGAAAGUGAUCUAUUUUUCAACAAGCCGUUCUUUUAUCUCUUGAAAGCACAGACAGUCUGGGAUAAUUAGAGCGCGCAGAACCCCGGCUCACAACAACAAGCACCCCUGAAUGGACAGGGAGUUGUCAACGGAUGCUCGAUGCUUUCUCAGAUCCCAGUCCGGGCUGUGUCACCUGAUAGCAAGUGGCUUUGAGCCUUCUAGAGUGAAUUCUCCGCCUUGAAAUAAAUCCUUUCCCUUAGCCACCAGUCAGGUACCAGGGGCUGCUCUCCCUGUCCGGGACUACUGUCAUGGGGAAGAUCCUAGAAGGCCUCAGUGUCCCUGCCCCCAGUGACUGGAUGCUUGUCCCUCAAGCUACCACUCUCUGGAGAGGAGGAGAGAUUGGAGCCAGGAGCCUCUCUGCCCUAGAGGCCAAGAGUCUGAGAUUUUGCUUCUGAGAGGCAGGGCCUCACAUGCUAGAAACCCCUGUGACUUGUGAGUGGCACUUGGGUGACGUUAGAGAAGGAGAAAGCCUGCUGUGUGUUAGCCCCUGAGAUCUCGAAGACCAGGGCUCCAGGAAGACCAGCGGGUGUGGAGUUGCCCCUCGCCACUCUCUGUGUGCGUUGCUCUGGUGUAUUGCUUUCCUUGUAUUGGGUGCUCCAAACACUCGGAGGCUCUGUUGGCCUUCGGAUGUAGUCCCAAGUCUUCACACGUAGAGCAAUAAUCCUCCAGUCUCCUGAUUCCCUUCCUGUAAUUCUAGCUCCAGAGAUGGAGGCAGGAGGAUCAGGAAUUUAGGGCCAACCUCAGCUGUAGAGGAGUUCAAGGCCAGCUGGGCUUCAUGAAACCCUGUCUCAAAACUAAAACCACGAAAACUGAGGAAGAGAAAGAGACAGAAGGUGUGCCCGUCAUGGACUUAAGUCACCUUAGAGGAAAGCAGAUGGUUUCCGUGGGCCACGCUCCGUGGAGGCACCUGACCACUACGGCAUCGGCAUCCAUUUUAAAGGCUGUUUUAGAACACACUUCAUCAAUCAACAUUCUCAAACCAUCACUUGCUGAGCAUUCUCCAAAGGUCUCAAUGGUUAGACGUGCAUUUAAAGGAGCAUUUGUUAAUGGCCCCAAGUAUCUUGGAACUGAGAGAUCAGCCUCAGAUCUGGUCCACACAGCCCAAGCUGGAGCCCGAGUCCUUGCCCCUGUGCCGGCUCCUGGGAGUGAGCUGCUGUCUUAGCUCUUCAGCGUUGCACCCUCACACACGCCGAUGGGGUGCAUACACACCUGUACAGAGGCGAGAAGCCGCCACCAAAUGACCUGUGUCUAACAGCUCCCAGCUCCUAGGUUUCUGCAUCGAAUGCAGUUUCCAACCAAGACAAAGACAGCAAUCCACUGCAUAGUGUGAAACGGCUGUGCUCCGUGUGUGGUUCGUCAUGAAAUCUCUGCUGUAUGUGUAUGUAUAUACCGUAUGUAAGAGGCUAUGCUGCCCACUGUGGCGUAAACUUAACAGAUUCUCUAGUCUGAAUAUUUAACUUGUUAUUGUAAAAUGUGAUUUCUCAUUGAGAGAUUAUUUUUCUGUAUGUACAUGAGAGUAUUUUAGGAAUCUAAUUUAAGUGCAUAAACUCUAGAAGAAAUUAAAACCAUACUCCAGGAGUAGCAAUGCCUGAUUGGAUCUCUUGGGUUCAACCCAACUAAAUUUUAUUAAAAGACAAAUCCAAGUUGAAUGUUUAGGAAUUCAGAAGUGUGAUUUUUUUUUUCUUUCUGCCUUGCAGGGGACAUGGUGUUAGUGAAGUGGGCAGAGGUAUGACAGAAUGGGGGGACCAUGUAGCCAUGGCCUGGGGUGAGAUCUUGUUACACUGCAGGCGGACUCCUACAGACGUCAUACACUCACAGUGUGUCUCACUCACAGCCCGUCUCCCAACAGACUGCUGCCACAGACCAUGUGGCCUGGUCAGGGAUCUCAGGAGCAUUCGGGGAGGCCGCACCCCGGCUUCAGCUUCUCCCACCACUGAGAAGCUGAUGGGGUGAGGGUGGGGGGAGGCCGAGCCUGGGUUUUCCAGGCUCAGCUGUUUGUAGGCAGGGGAAACAGGUACCCCACGCAGCUUCCUGAAGGCCCAGGCUGAGGCAAGAGGCCUGCCUUCCCUACUCUACACCCUUUCCAAGAAAAUACCAGAAGUUCAGGCUGCUUUUGAGCACCGCUGGAAUGUUCCUUCAGGUGACCCAGGGAGGCUGGUGAAACUGUGUCUAACCUCUUCCCCCGGCCCCUGUUCCCCAAGAGAGCGUCUACAAAUGACUUUAGUUAGUGGUGACUCUGAGUCCAGCUGUGCCACCUGAUCGGAAAUGCCUCUCGAUUAAGAGCCAGUUUCUGGUGACACAGGUGACCACGAUCACUGCAGGAAAUCCAGGGUCCACUGUUGAAAAGGACAAGCACAAGGGUGUGUUGGGCCAGCGCUUCUUUCAGUAAGCUGUGUGCCUCUUAAUACUGCCAGCUUAAUAAUAAUCCUGGUCUGGCGCACGCUGGAGUCAAACCAUGACCUGCCUGCAGAGGUGUGGGCAGCUUUACUGCAGGAUGCUUUCUGGACUCUGCUAAGGCUAAAAAUAACUGGUUUCUGUAGCUGCCUCUAGUCUCAAAGACAGGGCCACUUAGCUCGCUCAGAUGUAGCCUGGGAAGGCAUGUCAGGCCAGCGUGCAGAGCUGCACAAACUCUGGCUUCUCUGUCUGCAUAGACCCUGCUUCUUCUCUCCUGGAAUGAUGAGCGCUGGGCUGGGGUGACCACAGGUUGUGAGGAGAACGCGGGGCCCUCCCCCACGGCGUUGGUUGGUUAGCAUUUGUGAUCUCCGUAGUGGGCCACGGUGCUGGUAGCCUGCAGCUUCUUCACAGCCGGCAGUGGCGGAACUAAGCCACUCCCCCAUGGAUGUCCAGUUCAUUGUAAUGUGUGUUGCUAAGUAACAGUAUUUUCGUGAAAGGAUUAUAGUGUCCGCUUUAUAACACUAAUAGAGUUCUAAAGAUUAUUAGACAUUGUUAUAAAUUACAGACUUCUACAUCUGCGCAAGGCCUGCUGAAGCAGGCUCAUAAAGCUUCUUUUCCAUUUGUUUAAAAGGUGUUUUUAGUUUGUUUUUUUCAUGUCUGAACACCCUUUGGCACCUUAUUACACAUGAAAUGUUGUUUUACCAGCUCAGUUUCCAGCAAUAGGGCAUUGAUUUUCUUUAUACAGUGGCAACAUCAGUAGGAAUCGCCAGGCCCUGCAUCUCAUUCUUGGUCGCUUUGGCCUGUAUGGUCCAAAUCACAUAAGCUCACGAAUAAAACAAGAACAGUCAACCUCACUACCUCAGAUUAUUCUGAGCCUUUUCUUCCUCCACUUCUUUGCCGACACAUAGGACGCCAACA